AUGUGGACGUUGCAAUUUAAAAAGUUUAAUAUCACUACUGGAAAAUAUCCUUUUGAAGGAGACAGCAUUUAUAAAUUGUAUGAAAAUAUUGGAAAAGGUGAAGUGACAAUUCCUGAAGAUUUGGACAAGUCUUUGCAAGAAUUACUUUCAGGCAUGCUACAAAAAGACCCUAAUUCAAGAAUGACUCUCAAUGAAGCGAUGGACCAUUGUUGGGUGAGAAGACGUCCUCCUGUUCUUGCAGAAUGUGUAUCAAUUCCUAAGAGAUCUGAAAAAGAUGUAUACCGAAAUAUGACUGUGAUACCAUAUUUAAAAGCACUUCAUGGUGGUGAAGAAGAAAUAGAAAGUGAAGAUGAUGAGGAUAUCUUUUACAGAGUAAUUCCAAGUACAAAUUAUGAACCAGCUGCUCAAGCUAUUGAAAGUGAGCCUUCUGCUAGUUCAAAGAAGCAUUCAAGGAAGAAAAAGCGUAAAGCAAUAAAUUGUAUUAAUGUUAGAACUGAUUUCUGCAAACAAUCAUAAUUGUGUUCAUCAUGAAAAUAUUUUGUGUAAUAUAGUUGUCCUCAUCUUGUUAUCAUCAUUAAUGCACUUGUUUAAAGUAUCUAAAUUUACAGGGUACAUGGCUCAGGAUUUGUUGCAUUGUUGUCAUUUUUCUCUUUGAAUACUAAUAAAA